CCAUAAGGAAUAGCCGUUAUCCCUUUCUUCUUCAGAAUGCCAACAACUAAGCUCUUCUUCUCCCAACUCCGUCUUCUCCAUCUCCCUUCUCCUUCUUCUUCUUCUUCUCUCACAAUGAAGCCACCAUCUUCAUUAUUCCUCUCUCGUCCUUCUAGAACUUUCUUCCCUACCUUCCCUUUCAAAUUCAAGUACCUCGCCCUCCGAAACGCACCGUUUCGCGCCCUUUCCACUCGCUCCGACUCCACGCGCCGCAAAGAAAGGCCUCGCCUUUCUUCUCCCUCCGCCACCCCAAAGAGCUUAAUUGACGACGAGGCUGAGCUCAGUGACUGGGUCGACGAGAUUAGAACCGCGCGAGUUGACUCGGACUUUGGUGAGUCAACUCGGAAUCGUAGGCAAGUUCGCCGUGACACUAAUUCGAACUCGUCGUUCUCGCGGAAUUCGGGGUUUUCGCAGCGCAGAUUCGGUCGCGAAUUGGAGAAGGAAGACAAUGGCGGAUUCAGGACAAGGAAGAGAAGGGGUGUGGAAUUGAACAGAGGAAGUGGAGGGAAGAGUUUGAGCAGAAAACCUAAACCCCAAUUGAUGAGCGAUGAUGAAGAUGAUGAAGUGGUUGUGAGAAAGGGAUUCAAGGGUUUUCUGAGUGAGGAAGAGGAAGAAGAAGAAGAAGAAAGUGGUGAGAGUGAGGAUGAUGAGAUUGUGAGAAAGAGUAGAACUGCUUUGUUUGGUGGCACUAAACAACAACAACAACCAGCAACAGCAGCUCCAAGAGCUUCUUCACCUUCUGGAACUGAUUCUUAUUUGAGUGACACCAGGUUCGAUCAAUGUUCAAUCUCCCCACUAUCAUUAAAAGGAGUCAAGGAUGCUGGAUAUGAGAAGAUGACUAUUGUUCAGGCGGCAACUCUUCCUGUAAUACUCAAAGGUAAGGAUGUCCUUGCCAAGGCUAGAACAGGCACUGGGAAAACAGUUGCCUUUUUGCUUCCAUCAAUUGAAGUUGUUGCAAAUUCACCACCAACUGAACGUGAUCAUAGGCGGCCACCAAUUCAUGUGCUUGUCAUAUGUCCAACUCGAGAGCUUGCAAGUCAAGCGGCUACAGAAGCUGCUAAAUUGCUUAAGUAUCAUCCUACCAUUGGUGUUCAGGUUGUAAUUGGAGGGACGAGACUUGCCUUAGAACAGAAACGUAUGCAAGCAAAUCCUUGCCAGAUCCUUGUUGCUACACCUGGAAGGCUUAGAGAUCAUGUGGAGAAUACUGCUGGCUUUGCAACUCGGCUGAUGGGUGUGAAAGUGUUGGUGCUUGAUGAAGCUGAUCAUUUACUGGACAUGGGAUUUCGGAAAGACAUUGAGAAGAUAAUUGCAGCAGUACCUAAACAACGACAAACACUCAUGUUUUCUGCCACUAUUCCGGAUGAGGUGCGUCAAGUCUGUCAUAUUGCUUUGAGAAGGGAUCAUGAGUUUAUCAAUACGGUUCAAGAGGGAACUGAGGAGACGCACUCACAGGUUCGCCAAGCACAUUUAGUUGCCCCAUUAGACAAGCAUUUCUCUUUACUCUAUGCUCUUCUAAAGGAGCACAUUGCGGAUGAUGUUGACUAUAAGGUUCUUGUGUUCUGCACAACCGCCAUGGUGACAAGACUUGUUGCCGAACUUCUUGGCGAGUUGAACCUGAAUGUCAGAGAAAUCCAUUCAAGAAAGCCUCAGAGUUAUAGAACCAGAGUCUCUGAAGAAUUUCGCAAGUCAAAGGGACUUAUCUUGGUUACAUCCGAUGUGUCUGCACGUGGAGUUGAUUAUCCAGAUGUCACUCUUGUUGUACAGGUUGGUUUACCCGCUGACAGAGAACAGUAUAUACAUAGACUUGGUAGAACGGGACGUCGAGGGAAAGAAGGGCAGGGCAUAUUGCUUUUGGCUCCAUGGGAAGAGUUCUUCUUAUCUACCGUAAAAGAUUUGCCUAUUGAGAAAGCUCCCGUACCUUCUGUUGAUCCUGACACAAAGAAAAAGGUGGAAAGGGCUCUAUGCCAUGUUGAGAUGAAGAACAAAGAAGCAGCAUAUCAAGCAUGGCUUGGUUACUACAAUUCGAACAAGAAGAUCGGGCGCGACAAGUAUAGGCUCGUAGAGCUUGCAAAUGAGUUCAGCAAAUGCAUGAUGCUUGAUAACCCUCCUGCUAUCCCCAAGCUUGUUCUUGGCAAGAUGGGACUUAGAAAUAUCCCUGGUUUGCGUUCCAAAUAGGUAGGUUUUUUUUCAAUUCAAUUUCUACUAUAGGUCUUUUCAAAGGUAGAAAUUUCAUUCUUAUAGUUAUCUCUUAUAUAAAUUAUAAUUUGUAAGAGUAGAAAUAUUAUUCUUAUUAUGAUUAAAUUAUAUUAUGUUCAAGUUUUGUUUUUAUCAAAGUUUGUGAUAUUGCCUGGUAAUUCUAGUCAUGGAUGAAUCAUGUUUCAACAAAAUGAUGAUGGAAUAUUGUAACAAUUUGGAGAUAUUCAUAGAAUUAUGCAUACAUGGUUUGCAAAUUUAUAAUAAAUG